UAUUUCGGAGCUGGUUCGUAUGACUUUUUUAUGAUAUGGCCUACCUUGAUUCGUUUGUUUUGUUGCCCCCUGUUCGUGACGCGACGCUCACACAGAUCUAUAAUGUUAUAUCCCAUGCUAAAUCUGUUGCUAACAGGGUAUUGUAAUUUUGUACUCCUGUUAGUAUGCUUCUUUUGUUUAUGCCUCUCUUUACAUUUUUUCCGACCCUGCUCAGCUACUCUUUUGUUGUUUCUAGGACCAGGGGACUUUUUGGAUUAAGAGCCGUGUUGAAAUUGCAUGGCCUUCAUCUCUCUUUUGGCAUAUGGCCUGUCCUCAUUGUUAUGAACUCUAUGAAUUUUCGUCAACUUUGGGGAUCAUAUGCCUAAGUUGUGGUCAGGGAAUGCAUGAGUUCCCUAGGACAUGGGUUCGUCUUACGGUGUUCGACAAUACUAGGUACGUGAAUGUUAUUGCCUUGGGUCCAGAAGCUGAGCACCUCAUCGGCCUAUGUGCUGCCGAUAUGUAUCGUGUUUCUGACCAUCAGACCUUUGAAAUCUCCAAGCGUGUGUCUCGUCAGAUUGAUGGAAAGGAACUGUUGUGUUACCUUAAGUAUUCAUCCAAGAUGAUCAGGACAACAACACAUACUAACUACACUAUUGUUGCUUGUUAUCCUACUUCCGGAAAUGUUUCUUCUUAGAGCAUGCCUUUUUGUAGGCAAUGUUUAGUCUGUUGCCUUGAU